CAGUAAUUGCUAGAAAUAGAAACCAAAAGGCAUUAGUGUCGCACUUCAUUUUGAACACAUCAAGAUGGAUGCGAUUUUCAACCUACUUGAGAAGCACAGACUGCAGAGUUAUUACAACCAGUUUCUGCCGUUAGGUGUGAAAGAUGAAAGAGAUUUCCUCGAUGGUGUUACAGAUGAAGACUUAAACACCCUUGGGUCUUUACAAGACACAUUAAAAAUGGAGAUGUAAUCUAUGCUAUAUUUACACCAAAGGAGAACUUGAAUGGAGCUCCUCCAAAUUCACUGCCACAGGCAAAUGAAACCUACGGGACAGAUACAAUUCGGUGCCAUGUCAUGCUCAAGAAUAGUGAGCAGAAGGUUUGCAGUGGAGAUGGCAUGACUAGAUUUGUGUUAUGACAUGAAGAUUACUAAUCUAUUUUCACCUUAAUUCAGAAACACUUUUUAAGGAACAUGUGCGCAUUCUUGUGGCAAAUGGAAAAACCAAGCUGUAUGAUGCCCUAAAACAUGGAAUGCUUGAGCUGGAAAAAGUAAAGAGCAAGUUUCCAGACUGCAGACUUCGCAUUCUGUGUCUCACAGAUGGACAUGAUGUCGAAUCCACUAACAAGCCAGUGCCUGUAGCAGUCAAUCUGAUACAAUCUAACAUCAUUUUGGAUUCAAUUCUUCUUGGAGAAGUGCAGAACAAUUGUCUCCAUGGAAUCAGCAUUGCAACAGGCGGUUGCUGUUUCAAACCAAAGACAAGCAAAGACGGUCUCAAGCUUUUUGAGAUCGAGACUGUUCUUUCUUUGGCAAUAAGGAAACCCAAGAAGAAAGCUGACCCAUCAUCUAUCACUGAAAGGCUUUUAACAGGGUUCUUUGCUACUCAUGGGUACGAUGAAUUUCCAGAGGCCAUCUUACCAAGCCAGAUGAACAGUAAAGUGACAGUGACAGAGAAUGCUCUGAAAAAGAAGAUCAUGGAGGCCAAAGAUGGACGUUUCAUGGAGAAGGACAGACGUAUCCUGGAGGAGCUGAAGAGCCUGCACUGUAACCCACAUCCUUACUUUACUAUCUUUCCAUCUGAGUCCGACUUCACAUUCUGGAAGAUUCUCAUGGAGGGUCCUCCUGACACACCAUAUGAGAAAGGAGUCUUCGAGUUGUUUUGCCAGUUUGGUUCUGACUACCCAGUGAAGCCUCCUACUGUUCGCUUUGUCACACGAAUAUACCACUGCAAUAUAAACAGUGUGGAGAGGAUCUGCCACAACAUUUUUGACCGGAGCUACAAUGCCCAAAUCACCAUGAGAGAUAUUCUUGAUGCUGUGUAUGGACUGCUGAUUGUCCCUGAGCCUCGAGAUCCACUGGACAGCAUCCUGGCUGAGGAAUUCCUGACCAGCCAUGAGAUAUAUGAACAAGAGGCCAAAAAACAUACUGAAGAAACUGCUGGGCAAUCACUGGAUGAUAUGGAAAAGAAAUUGGUGGAUCCUGUGAAUCACUUCAUACCCCAGCAUCUCAUCUGCCCACUCACCAGGAAGUUAUUUGUGGAUCCUGUGAAAACAAAACAUGGAACAGUGUACGAACGAAAGGCCAUUGAAAAACACCUGAAAAGAUGGAGACAUGAUCCAUCAGCUGGCCUAGGGACCUUGCUCAGAAGAACUGAUCUCAAGUUAGACCAUGAAAUGAAAAGAAUGGUGACAGAGUACCGUUCCAGUCAAAUUCAGGAAACCAGUUUGUAACAAAAAGCUGGAGCUACAACUGUGCCACAUACAACUGUGCCACAUACAACAGUUCCACAUACAGUAAAUACAGUAUGUCAGUGUGAAUAAUGGAAAUAAUGGGGGAAAAAUCAGCUAUUGAACUGAGUAGAAGCUCAUGUUCUUCAUUUAUCACAUUAUGAAAUAGAGAGAUUUUAGUGUAAUCCUUUCCUUAUUUUACAAAUACUUAAUUAUUGUACUUUGAGUUUAUAUAUAAAAAUGAUAUACUUGUGACAAACUUGUUUCACCUGAAUGACUUACACCAAUUUGACAUAUUUUCUAAACUAGUAGGCAUUGUAGCUGAACUAUUUAUAUAAGAUUUUAUUCAACACUGCCAUUUAUUGACAAUGUUUAGUUCAGCAUCUUCCACACAAUAAACUGUAAUCAAAGAACUGUUCUGUAUCACCAUUCAUUUACUAGUAGUUUUAGAAAUGAUUUAUUCUUUCAUCUGAUCAUUUAACCACUUGUAUUAUGUUUAAAAUUUUUAACUGAUGUGCUGAUACAUGAUCCAUUUUUGUCAGUAAUAGCACCAUCAUGUUUCAUAUGUCAUCUUGUUAAAUAUUUAAUCGGUCAUGGUGGGGGGAGAAUAUGGGACUUGAGGUCAACAGAGCUCAGGUAGACUAAAACACUUUAUUACUUGCUCAUGUUGAUGCUCAGAUGAGAAUUGAAUUUCCUAGUAAUAUGGUCAUGCAAUACACAGCCUAAAAAUAUUCACUUCCACGAUAUCACAUUACUUACUUUACCAGCUAUUAGUGAACAUCUUUACAUCUUUAUUUUAUUAUUUGUCAUUCCAUUUAUGUUUUGUCAGUGGGCAACAGUUAAUAAAUCUACUUUAUUUGGA